UUUAACUCAAAUAACAUUAUAUUUUCGACUGUACAUACCGUUACUACAUAACACUGAAUUGUUUUUUUUUUUGUAACUUUUUGUAAAAGCACUGUUGAUUUUAUCAUGAAAAACGCUACAAGCGGUACAUGGUUUAAAAGCUUUUCAAACGAUCUCGUCAACGAAGACAUCGUACAAGAGAAUAAACUUCCUCUUAUUUUUUCACAAGAAGAAACUCUCUCUCAGAAACCAUUCCCUACGACGCAAACUCAUGUAAAACAAGAUUCCUUUCAAGGAAAUUCAAAACUUAUAGAUUCAACGAACACCACUGACCUCAGGCUGCCUUCGAGUGCGAUGUUGGGUCAACCUGAGAUAACGAAAGAACCUAAAGUGUCAAGUGAGCCUCCGAUAGCUGAAGAACGUUAUCCGUUAGGCACUGGUGAAAAAAAACUUUUACCGCGAAAAACACGCAAGGCAAAUGUUUUUUCAUCUAUCAAUGUCAAUGAACUAAAAAAAUCUGUUCCUUUCAAGGAAGAUACAGAAAAACUUUUAGAAAGCAAAGAGGACGAGAAAAUUGCAUUGCCAGUUAAGAAUGAAGAUAGUCCUAUAGAAAAAAACGAGUCAAACUCGAAAGAAUGGGAGAGAAAACGUGAUGCAGCUGCGUCUAAAAUUCAAGCAUGGUGGAAAGGCACCUUAACGCGAAUUUUUUUGACUGGAGCUUUAGUAGAACGUCGUUUACGUUAUAAUCAUCAAGGAAAAGACUUUAAAAUCAAAACAAAUACCGAUCCUUAUCGUCACUUUUUGCUUCUCAAUGAUACAUACUCGACGCACAAAUUAUCUCUAAAAACGGACAGUAUCAAGCCUUGGCCGCGCUCCCAUGUUGCUCUCUUAUGUGACUUUUUAGAAACUUUAAAAGCAACGAAAAAAACGUUAAAACCUUCAUGUACUAUACAAGGCAUUUACACUAACAAACUUAAAGAAUCGUACAAUUUACAAGCAAGUCGUCAUGUAGAGGAGACUAUAAAACAGCUACAAAUAAGUGAAUUUCAAAGAAGAGAAAUUGAAAAGUUAUGGGAAUUAAAUGAUGACCCGAAUGCUGAUGAAUUCAAAUAAAAAGGUGGUUG